AAUUUUUGUAUUUUAGUAGAUAUGAGCGCGAUCCAAAUUCGCACUGAUUAAACGAUUCAAUUUGUUACUUCGAAACGCAACAUAUUCAAAUCUAUGAAUUUUCCAUCAUUCUACAUUUUUUAAUGCACGCGCGGAUUACUGUUAUACUACAAAAUUAAAUUUAUUUCGAGAAAUCCAGCUACUUUAUAAUUCACAAAUAUGAAGUGCUUGAUUAUUCUUUGCGUACCUUACGCACCAGAUUAUUUUUACUCGUAUCAAUAGCUAUGGCAAUAAUCAAAGAAGUCAUAAAAACAUCUUAUAACGCAGAACGAUGAUUUGAAAAAUGAACAGCUGCAAAUAAUUCAACACUAAAAAACAUAUCGCUUUUCGUGCCAGCUAUAGAUUGAGUAUAUAUAAUAAUUGAGUGCUUAUAUUCAUGAUAGAAUAGAAGUAGACUCUGAGCAGGGUUCACCUUUUUUCUCUAUCAUCAUGUUGCUGUUGCGUUGUAAAACUGCAACGAGCAUUUUUAUUCUAUCGUUUCUCGCGCAUCUUUCAGCUGUAGCAUCGUAUGCCGAUGAUUACGAUUUAUCUGGUCCGGAAUACUCGGGUGAGCUAUCGGAUGGUGAUGUUCUAGAGAUUCCAGAAGAAUCUGAAUACGACGACGAGAACGAGUACGUUGAUUCGGACGAAGAGGCGGACAUUUACGUCUACCGUAAAGCGGAACCUCGGCGAACACCUGCAGCCGAUUCAAAAACCGUGAAAUUGGACAAAAAUGCGAAACUGGGCUCGCAAAAGGUGAAGAACCCUCGCGCUGAUUUUGAUACAAAAACGUAUGAUGGCUCUGGCGAAGGAAAUAUUUACAUCUACCGCAGAGCGGAUAACGCGCCACAAACUCUACGUUCGAGAACUGCAAAACGAGGCCUGCAAAAAUUAAAAAACCCACGCGUGGAUACGAAUGCAGAAGCAGAUGCAGGAAUAGCCGAAGACGAGCUCACGGAUAACAACGACGCCAAUUACGAUGAGGUAUACGUACCUCCUACGAGGCGAGAGUCCUUUACGGACAGGACACUCAGGAGAUCAGAUGUAACCGACCAGCCGCCGAUCGACCCAAGAUCUAUACCACAAUCUAGGCGAGAAGCUGUUAGAGAUAGGUCUCUCAGGAGAUCGGAUGUAAAGGACCAACCACCAACUGAUCCAAGGUUGCUACAACCCUCCAGGAGGACAGAGGAAGUCCUAAAACAAGAGCCAGCGAUUGACCCGAGAUCGCAGCCACCGUCCAGGCGAUCGGACGAUACAGUUGCGCAAGGUCAAAUUCCACGACAGAAGCCAGCGAUUGAUCUGAGAUCGGAGCCACCAUCCAGGCGUACGGUUGAAAUAGAUACACCGGGUCAAAGGCCACCGAUUGACCCGAGAUCGCAGCCACCAUCAAGGCGAGCCGACGGAGUAGCUACAGCAGGUCAGACGCUGCCGAUUGAGGGAAGACCGCUGCCAGCAUCAAAGCAAACGGUCGAAACUGUUACGCAAGAUGAACUUCUAGCGUACAAUCCUAGAUCACUACGGCCUUCUAGAAGAAUAGUAAUACCCGAGGAUAAUAACGCGAACAAGACAGUACCUCGUCCGCCGUUGAGGCGUCGCGAUUUGCGAUCAAAAAGAAAUUAAAUAUGAAUAAGAGUUGAAAUAAAAUAUACAAAAACUAAACAUCAAA